CCCAGCAGCCGUCGCCGCCGCCACAGCAGCCGCCGCCGCCGCCGCCGCAGCCGCCGCAGCAGCAGCAGCCGCCGCCCCAGGCCCCCCCCAUGGAGCCCGAGGCCCCGGAUUCCCGCAAGAGGCCCCUCGAAACGCCCCCCGAGGUGGUCUGCACCAAGCGCAGCAACACGGGAGAGGAAGGCGAGUACUUCCUGAAGGUGCUGAUCCCCAGCUACGCGGCGGGCUCCAUCAUUGGCAAGGGUGGCCAGACCAUCGUGCAGCUGCAGAAGGAGACGGGUGCCACCAUCAAGCUCUCUAAGUCCAAAGACUUCUAUCCGGGAACCACAGAGCGAGUAUGCCUGGUACAAGGCACAGCAGAGGCCUUGAACGCUGUGCACAGCUUUAUUGCCGAGAAGGUCCGAGAAAUCCCACAAGCGAUGACCAAGCCUGAAGUGGUCAACAUCCUUCAACCCCAAACCACGAUGAACCCCGACAGAGCCAAGCAGGCCAAGUUGAUCGUCCCCAACAGCACGGCGGGCCUGAUCAUCGGCAAGGGCGGCGCCACCGUGAAAGCCGUGAUGGAACAGUCGGGCGCUUGGGUGCAGCUGUCCCAGAAGCCGGAGGGCAUCAACCUGCAGGAGCGCGUGGUGACCGUGAGCGGCGAGCCGGAGCAGGUGCACAAGGCCGUGAGCGCCAUCGUGCAGAAGGUACAGGAAGAUCCCCAGAGCAGCAGCUGCCUCAACAUCAGCUACGCCAACGUGGCUGGCCCCGUAGCCAACUCCAACCCCACCGGCUCGCCGUACGCCAGCCCCGCGGAUGUGUUGCCUGCUGCUGCCGCUGCCUCGGCCGCUGCCGCCUCUGGCCUCCUGGGCCCCGCGGGGUUGGCGGGCGUGGGAGCUUUUCCCGCCGCCCUGCCUGCCUUCUCGGGCACCGACCUGCUGGCCAUCAGCACGGCGCUUAACACGCUGGCCAGUUAUGGCUACAACACCAACUCCCUCGGCCUGGGCCUCAACUCAGCUGCGGCCUCUGGGGUCCUGGCCGCCGUGGCCGCUGGUGCCAAUCCUGCUGCCGCCGCGGCUGCCAACCUCCUGGCAUCCUAUGCGGGUGAGGCAGGGGCCGGGCCAGCUGGAGGGGCCGCCCCACCUCCACCCCCGCCCCCUGGAGCCCUGGGGUCCUUUGCCUUGGCCGCGGCCGCCAAUGGCUACCUCGGGGCCGGGGCGGGCGGUGGGGCAGGCGGAGGGGGUGGCCCGCUGGUGGCCGCUGCAGCCGCGGCAGGGGCGGCCGGGGGCUUCCUGACGGCAGAGAAGUUGGCAGCUGAGAGCGCCAAGGAGCUGGUGGAGAUUGCGGUGCCUGAGAACCUGGUGGGAGCCAUCCUGGGCAAGGGGGGCAAGACGUUGGUGGAGUACCAGGAGCUGACAGGCGCCCGCAUCCAGAUCUCCAAGAAGGGCGAGUUCCUGCCAGGCACGCGGAACCGGCGGGUCACCAUCACGGGCAGCCCCGCGGCCACGCAAGCCGCUCAAUACCUCAUCAGCCAGCGGGUCACCUACGAGCAGGGAGUGAGGGCCUCAAACCCCCAGAAAGUGGGAUGAAGCCCGUGGUGUCUGCUCCCACCCUGCUCCCUCCUCCUCCUCCUCCUCCUCCUCCUCCUCCUCCUCUUCCCCAACUCCUGACCUCAGCUCGGUUGUCCUGCUCCUCGUGGGAUGGGGCUGGGGUAGGCCUGACUGCACCCCCCCUUCUGGUAGUCAUAGGCAGGAUUGAGUGAUGGCUGGGGACGGGGCCCAGAAGCUCCCUCCCCGGCGCUGAAAUGACCCCUUCUCCCUUCCUCCCUACGCUUGACUGGGCCUGCCCUCCUGUCCCAGGGCCCAGGUCUGUGUGAUAUCUGUAUAUAUUGCAUUUUGUUGAUUUUAAUAGAAAAC